AUGUCUUGGACUUUGGUAGAAGCCGCCAGGCUCUCGCAGUCCAUCCGCCGGAGCCAGAAAGAUCACCUUUUGGUUUUCGUCACUGCCGAGGCCUUCAGCGCAGGCUUCCUCAGCGUGGCGACAUCCUUCCCCGGUGUUUCCGGAAGCGCCAGCGGUAUCCCACUCGGUUUGAACAGCCUGUGGUUCGGAGCCUUCUUCAGCCUCUUCAACAUGAUCCUUGGCCUUGCAUUCUACCUCUGGGGCGCCCGCAUUGGUCGGCUUUGCUUCCGGAGGCAGUGGGCAGCCGUCGUACGGUUUUCCGAGGCGUGGCAGAAGGAAAGGUCUGCUUCGAAGCGGCUCCUGCCAGGUUCGGGCAAGUUGGUGCCAGACGGUUCUCGACAGGAUCGCCAUCAGCCGGUGUUCGUCCGUCAUGAGGUGCAGCUGGUUUCUGCAGGUUGGUACCAUAGCCUGGCGACUCUCCAAACCGGUGAGACCGUCGCUUGGGGUCGGAACAACUGCGGACAGCUGGGCGAUGGAACGAGGACAGAUCGCACAAGGCCUGUUCCGGUGCUCGGGCCGAUGGCGCUGGAAGGGACCAAGCUCAUGAAUGCAGAGCAGCUGGCUGCUGGCCAGGACCACAGCUUGGCCAUUGUGCAAGUGCCCGGACAUGGCAAGUCCGUCGUUUAUGGUUGGGGGGCGAACGUCGGUAAGCCAGCUGCAGACGAGGAUAGAUUUACUAUGGUGUCGCCUGACGUGCUGUACCCGCAGGCUCUCAUUGUGGACAUCGUGCAAAUAAGUGCAGGACGGAAUCACUCAUUUGCGCUUCGCGACACUGGGGAGUUGUUUGCCUGGGGCAAGAACGGAUAUGGCCAGCUCGGGGACUGCACAGUUCUACCCAAAACGGAGCCGACAAAAGUCAUGAACCUGGUGCGGCAGGUCGUAGCUGGCGUUGACUUCAGCCUCGCAGUCUUGGACAGCAGCACCGUGAUGGCUUUCGGUUGUUGCUCAGGAGGCAGGUUGGGCACGGGAGGCACCACCCACCUGCAGGCGCCAACACCCGUCUUGGAAGGUGUGAAGUCAGUAGUCGCCGGCCACUGCCACUGCUUCGCGCUCCUCGAGUCGGGAGAAUGCCUAGGCUGGGGUGUCAACCAGCACGGCUGCGUCCGCGUGGGCGGGGAUCCUGAAAUCCUGGCUCCAGUCAAGGUCGAUCUCAAGGACAUCGUUGAGAUCAAAGCAGGGGAUGGUACAACAUUAGCACGGCUAUCAAGUGGUGAUUAUGCCGUUUGGGGCCGCAACUGGCAGAACCAAAUCGCCUGCCUCAACGAUCUUGGACUGAAUGUUGCGUUGAACUGGCGUCCAAGUGAUACCGUGCGUGGGGAAGUUGCCGUAGAGUCGAUGGCAGAUUCCAGCAACUACGACAUCAAGGCCCUCAUGGCUUCAAAAGCAGCCCUCAAGGAAGGCCGAACACCACACGGUGCGGCGGAAGUGGCCGCAGAGUUCGCCGGCAAGGCCGCCAUGGACGUGGCGCGCGCCAGCGGCGCCAGCGUGCAGGAGGCUGCGGCAGCUGCAGGGAGAGCCGCGGCCAACGCAGCCCGCACAGCUGGAAUGACGCAAGGCCCUACGCUCUACGCGCACUUGCUCACGCGCUCGAGGGCAGAGCCUCGAACCUUCGCAGCGGGGCGAGCAGCUACUGAGCUUUCUUCAGAUGUGGCUACAGCGGAAGAGGCGCUACUGUAA